AUAGUUUAAAAAUAUUUAACAAAAUGUGAAAAAUUGGGCAUAAAAUUUCAGGAAAAUUGUUUGAAAAUGCAAGAAAUUGCCACAAGCUGCGUUAAUUUGUGCAUAAAAAUAGAUUUUUGCGAUUGUGUAAAACAAAGAAAAUCCUAUCAAAGUAUAAGUGCGAAAAAGAGCGGCAUAUAAUAAUUUGUGUAUGUGUAAAAAGUUUUUUCCAUUUCUUUCUAUGCUUCAGCUUCUUGAUUAAUCUUCGUUUAUUUUGUUUGUGAUUUUUUUUAAUACUAAACAAAUAAUAACAACAACAGUAUCAGCAGCAAUAACAACAAAACAUAAAUAAAACGGAAAAUCAAGAAAAAUCCCAUUGUAAAGAGAAAUUAAAAACAACAAAUUGUAAAAUUCCUUUUUUUGUUUGUUUGAAACUGGCAUCAACAAACUUGUGAAAUUGUGUAUUUAAUUGGCUGUGUGUGUGUGAAUUUGAGAAACGUGUAGAGGGGUUUUGACAAGUUUUUGUUUUGUUCUGUUAUUCGCGUGUUUAAUUUUGUAUUUAUAACAAUUGCUGAAAAAAGACUUGUAAAGAAAUUAGAGUAAACAUUGUAUUAUUUUUGUUAAAAGAGCUUAAAAAAACAAGUUCACUUUGUGGGCAGCGACGGGCUACAGUUAUUGUGACGGCGACAAUACAAACGCCGGCAAAGUGGAUAGCCGUGGUGGCCUAGGGCCCCAGGACUACGCAGGCAUGGUGGGAUUGCCUGGUAGUGGUGCUGGUGGCGUUACAAAUGGUGGCCCAGGCGUAGGAGUGUCUCCCGUAGGUCCAGCUGGUGUGGGACCAGGGCAUAUGUAUGCCGGUGUGGGUCCUCAAGAUAUUCGUGAUAUUGUACAAAUGCCUCCGCCACCUCCUUCUAAUGCCCCCACUUCAGCAGAUGCUUGUCUUAGUAUUGUCCAUUCGUUGAUGUGUCAUCGUCAGGGCGGUGAAAGCGAAGGAUUUGCCAAGCGUGCCAUUGAGUCAUUGGUAAAAAAGCUAAAAGAAAAACGCGACGAAUUAGAUUCUCUUAUCACUGCCAUUACCACAAAUGGGGCCCAUCCCAGUAAAUGCGUAACCAUACAACGUACAUUGGACGGACGUCUACAGGUUGCUGGUCGUAAGGGCUUUCCCCAUGUUAUUUAUGCUCGCAUAUGGCGUUGGCCGGAUUUGCAUAAAAAUGAAUUGAAACAUGUUAAAUAUUGUGCAUUCGCUUUUGAUCUCAAAUGUGAUUCAGUUUGUGUUAAUCCUUAUCAUUAUGAACGUGUUGUAUCGCCGGGCAUUGAUUUAUCUGGUCUUAGUUUACAAUCGGGACCCAGUCGUCUCGUAAAAGAUGAAUACUCAGCUGGACCACUGGUGGGUGGCAUGGAUAUUGAUGGCAAUGAUAUUGGCACCAUACAGCAUCAUCCCUCACAAAUGGUGGGACCACCCGGUGGUGGCUAUGGUUAUCCACAGGGACCAGUUACUGAUCCAAAUCACAUGAAUGCCGCUGCUAUGUACGCUGCUGCUGCUGUGGCGGGUCGUACGAUACCAAAAAUUGAACCAAAUGAAGGCGGUGGAGCACGCAAUUCGUGGAUGGUGCCUCCACCGCCACGACUUCAGCCAUCACAGGCUUUACAGCAGCCUCCGCAGCAAUCACAGCCACCUGGACCCCAACAGCAACAAAACCCAUCUCAACAACAACAGCAGCAGCAGCAGCAACAACAACAUACUGCACAAACACAACAACAUUCGCUUUUGAGUCAUGCCAUGCAAAUGGCUGGACCCAUGAAUCCAGGUCCCGUGAUGGCACCACCACAACCUCAGAAUCCUCAAGGAAAUGGUCAUGGUGGUCCACCACAUGGCCAUGGUCAAGCGAAUUCUCCCAACGAUCCUACUGGUCUAGGAAUGCAACAGCCUCAACAGCCUGGCCCUCAAAAUGGGCCACCGAAUGGUGGACAACAGGAUGGCUACUACAAUUCACCCACAACAUCACAAAUACCCAAUGUAGCAGAAGCCAAAUUUAAUGCUGCUCUCAACAGUGGCGGAGGCCAGCAGCCCAUCUCCCCUCAUAUGCAACAAAACGGUUACGUCUCAGGACAACCGCCCGGCCAACCAAAUUAUGGCCAACAAGUGACUGGAAAUAGUGCUCAAAAUUCUAAUCAGCCUAAUGCCCCGGGAGGAGUGCCAGGAAAUAACACACCAGCCGCUGGUACUUGGACAGGAUCAAGUACUUUAACAUACACACAGGCCAUGCAACCGCCAGAUCCCAGAACGUUACUACCAGGAGGCUACUGGAACAAUAUAAAUGUUAUGCCCCCUCAAGAACCACCACGUUUAUUGUCACGACAACCUCCUCCUGAAUAUUGGUGUUCCAUUGCUUAUUUCGAAUUGGACACUCAAGUGGGUGAAACCUUUAAAGUACCCUCAGCCAAACCAAAUGUUAAAGUUGAUGGUUAUGUGGAUCCCUCUGGUGAUAGUCGCUUUUGUUUGGGUGCUCUUAGCAAUGUACAUCGUCAAGAACAAUCGGAAAGGGCAAGAUUACAUAUUGGCAAGGGUGUCCAAUUAGAUUUACGUGGCGAAGGUGACGUUUGGUUACGUUGCCUUAGCGAUAAUUCUGUAUUUGUACAAAGUUACUAUUUAGAUCGUGAGGCUGGUCGUACGCCUGGUGAUGCUGUACAUAAAAUUUAUCCCGCUGCUUGCAUUAAGGUAUUUGAUUUGCGACAAUGUCAUCAGCAAAUGCACUCCCUAGCCAGUAAUGCUCAGGCAGCAGCUGCCGCCCAAGCAGCCGCUGUCGCUGGCCUACCAAGUUCGCAAUUGGGAGCACCGCCAAGAAACAUUUCUGCGGCCGCUGGCAUUGGAGUCGAUGAUUUAAGGCGUUUGUGUAUUUUACGUUUAAGUUUUGUUAAAGGUUGGGGACCUGAUUACCCACGACAAUCGAUCAAAGAAACACCUUGUUGGAUUGAGGUACAUUUGCAUCGUGCUCUACAAUUAUUGGAUGAAGUUUUGCAUGCAAUGCCUAUAGACGGUCCACGUGCUCUUGCUUAGAAUUUAAGUAAUAAAACAUAAACUAAAUCUAAAGUCUAGUAACAAAAAACAAAAGAGAUUCUCCUUUUCGAAUGUAGUUGGGGAAACCCCCACUAACUUGAAAUUUGAAAGGAAAACAUUUGCAAUUCUUUAUAAACGAAAAAAAAAUAGUUUCAGUUUUUUUAAUUACAUACGUACAUACUUAGAAACAUAACACAUACAUACAUGCAAACAUAACAUAAUAUAUUAUACAUAUAUUUUUUAAUUAAUUAUUGUUUAAUUUAAGUUUAUUAUUAUUUUUAAAAUAAUGCCUUUGAUUAAUGCUUUAAAAAAGUGUAAACUUAAACAAAAAAAAAAGUUUAAAUUUAUAAUUUAAAAAAAAAACAAACAAAAAACCCAAAUAUGAUUCUAUUUUAUUUUUUAUUGAAAUAAAAGAAAAAAAGACAACAAUACACAAGUUGCUAUUAAACAAAUUUUGUAAAAAUUUUAAAAAA